UGUGUGUGCAGGGUCAUGGGGCCGGUUCGAAAAGCCAAGCCUGGAUCCGCUCAGGUCGUCUCGAGUAAUAACUUAAUAGGAUUCAGCUCUUGGAGAGAGUCUGUGACUUGUAAAGCAGUCAUUCUCUGCAUUAGUGCCUGUAAACAGCCGUGCUGCGGCAGGGCUCGCUCUUUGGGGCAGUGCAGAGCCUCACUUCUGGUGCCUGCCCUGCUUGGAGGGCCCUUGGGUGUAACCCUCCCAGGGGGGCCGGUGGGACCCUGUGCCAGUUCCCAUGCUGACGUCUGCAUUUCCCCUCUCACAGAUCUGUCAUCAGCCAAGCGCAAGUUUGCGGAUUCCCUCAAUGAAUUUAAGUUCCGCUGCAUCGGCGAUGCUGAAACAGACGAUGAGAUCUGCAUAGCCAAGUCUCUGCAGGAGUUUGCUACAGUGCUGCGGAACCUAGAAGAUGAGCGGAUGCGGAUGAUUGAGAACGCCAGCGAGGUGCUGAUCACACCGCUGGAGAAGUUCCGCAAGGAGCAGAUUGGUGCUGCUAAGGAUGCCAAGAAGAAAUAUGACAAGGAGACUGAGAAGUACUGUGGUGUCCUAGAAAAGCACUUAAACUUGUCUUCCAAGAAGAAAGAAUCCCAGCUCCAGGAGGCAGACAGCCAGGUGGACCUGGUUCGGCAGCAUUUCUACGAGGUCUCCCUGGAGUAUGUCUUCAAGGUGCAAGAGGUCCAGGAGAGGAAGAUGUUUGAGUUUGUGGAGCCUCUGCUGGCCUUUCUGCAGGGACUUUUCACCUUCUACCACCACGGCUACGAGCUUGCAAAGGACUUCAGUGACUUCAAGACAGAGCUGACCAUCAGCAUCCAGAAUACGAGGAAUCGCUUUGAAGGAACGAGGUCGGAGGUUGAAUCGCUGAUGAAGAAGAUGAAGGAGAAUCCUCAUGAGCACAAAAACAUCAGUCCUUAUACCAUGGAGGGGUAUCUCUAUGUCCAGGAGAAACGUCACUUUGGGACCUCCUGGGUGAAGCAUUACUGCACGUACCAGCGGGAAUCCAAGCGGAUAACAAUGGUGCCAUUCGACCAGAAAUCUGGAGGAAAAGGGGGAGAAGAUGAAGCUGUUAUCCUGAAAUCUUGCACACGACGGAAAACCGACUCCAUUGAGAAGAGGUUCUGCUUUGAUGUGGAAGCCGUGGAUCGGUGAGUGCUGGAGCAGGUGG